UGAAAAAAGCAUUGUAUAUGUAACCACGUUUACCACACAAAAAAUGAAGUGAACGAAUCCAAGAGUCAUAAUAUAUCUAAUAAUUGAUUGAAGUAUUUAACAUGAACAUAUAGUUUAUACCAGGAGUAACACUAAAACACUAAAAUGUCUUCAUUUUCAUCUAAAGCUAUAACUUAUUCCUUUGCCAUUGGAGCAAUUGGUGGAAUGGUAAUUAUCUUGAAACGGAAAGCACAUGGAAUAACAUUUAAUGGAGAUGAGAGAAUUCAUGGGAGAACAGUGAUAGUAACUGGGGCUAAUUGUGGCAUUGGUUACCAGACAGCUGGCAUGUUAGCAGCUAGAGGUGGAAAAGUUAUAAUGGCAUGUAGGGACAUGAAAAAAUGUGAGGAUGCAAAAGAAGAAAUAAUAAAAAAUACUUGGAAUAAAAAAGUGUUUUGCAAACAUCUCGAUUUGGCAUCAUUGGAUUCUAUAAAAGAAUUUGCAGAGGAUUUUAAUAAAAAUGAAAGUCGUUUAGAUAUAUUAAUUAAUAAUGCUGGGAUAAUGAGAUGUCCCAAACAAAUUACUAAAGAUGGUAUUGAAAUGCAGUUAGGAGUGAAUUAUUUAGGUCAUUUUCUACUCACAAAUUUGUUGUUGGACAAAUUAAAGAGGUGUGCUCCUAGUAGGAUUGUAAAUAUAACCGCUAUAUCACAGAAAAAAGGGAAAAUAAACUUUGAAGAUUUAAAUAGUGAUACAAAUUAUGAUGCUGGAAAAGCUUAUGAUCAGAGUCAACUUGGAAUUAUGUUAUUUACAAAAGAAUUAGCUAAAAGGUUGGAUGAUACUGGAGUAACUGUUAAUGCUGCAUAUCCUGGAAUCACAAAAUCAGAUCUAGGACGCCAUCUUAGUGUUAACAAAUCAUAUAUUUCUAGUUUUUUUAUGAAACCAAUUAAUUAUGUGGUGAUGAGAACAUUAGAAGAAGGUGCAGCUACACCAGUGUUUUGUGCUAUUGGACAUGACGUCAGAAAUACAACUGGUAAACUUUUCUAUAAUAUGCAAGAAAAGGAAGUUACAGGAGAUGCAAAUAAUGAAAAUAUAGCAAAGAGACUCUGGUUGACAAGUGAAAAGUGGACCAGAUUAACAGAUUGAAAUAUCUAUGUUAAGAUAAUUAAUAAAUGAUCUGUAAAUAUAAAUUAUAAAUGCAAUGUGUACAUACUUGAUUGUGGCAAUAGAAAUCAACUUUUAA